AUGGAAUUUCUUGAACAUCACUGCUUUCCCCUCCGGAAUACAAGCUGCUCUCUUGACUUUCAUUUGACUUAUGUCAAUGUAUUCUUGUUCUUGUACAUAUCUGCAGUCUCUGUGCUGACGGUGUGUGGAAAUCUACUUGUCAUCAUCUCAAUAACAAUUUUCAGGCAGCUUCACACACCUACCAACAUCCUCAUCCUCUCACUGGCCCUUUCUGACUUCUUGGUGGGAAUCUGUGUGAUGCCGGUUGAAAGCCUUAGGAGCAUUAACUCCUGUUUUUAUAUGGGAAGGUCACACUGUCAGAUCUUUCAUGUGAUUAUGUCUAUUAUUGGAUCUGCGUCACUCAUUAAUAUCAUGCUUGUAGCUAUUGAUCGUUAUUUUGCUGUAUGUGAGCCACUCAUGUACAUGUCUAAAAUGACAAUUAGAAAAACACUGAUGUACAUAAGUUUAGGAUGGACUGUGUCCUUCUGUUAUAAUCUAGUACCAAUGAAUUUGGGGAAUUCAAACCAGACAGGAACGACUGUCUUCUGUCUAAGGGAAUGUGCAGUGGCUGUCAGCAACGCCUGGGGUCCAGUUGACCUGAUAGUGAGCUUCAUUGCGCCGUGUACAGUAAUGGUCAUACUGUAUAUAAGAAUUCUCAGUGUGGCCUUGAGACAAGCUAAAGCCAUUUCCAUUACUUCGAAGAAAAGGGCAUCUCAGAAAAAUCCAAAAUCUUUCAGGAAAUCAGAGGUGAAGGCAACAAAAACAUUGAGUAUAAUUGUCUUCGUGUAUUUCAUGUGCUGGGUUCCCUGGUAUAUAAGUAUGCUAAAUAUGAAACAAUUUCAGAAGUCAUCUGUGAUCCUCUCAGCUUUACUGUGUUUGUUUUACACUAAUUCAUGCAUCAAUCCCUUUAUAUAUGCAAUAUCUUACCCCUGGUUCAAAAAGUCAGUGAAGCUUGUGCUUAGCCUAAAAAUACUGCAGACAGCAGCUAACCAGAUGAACUUAUAUCCUGAAGACUGUUAA